GUGAUCAGGUCGCUGCCCUCUGCCUUAUCUUUUUAAAUGCAAAUCUUCUUUGGGGGCUUGGAGCAGCUAUAUUACCCGGGUGCCUCCCUCCCUUCUUCCCUCCCUCUCUCCCCUCCCUCCCUCUCCCUCUCCACGUCACCUGCCUUGGGUGCUGGGCCUGGCCUGGCCAUUGCUCAGAGCGCCUUGUCAACAUACAGCGCGGAGCCUCGUCCCGAGCGCGGCGAGCCUGGCCGGCCGAUGGAGCUGGUGGCUCCCUGACCACCGCGCGUCGGCUGCGCUCUCGGUUCCUCUGCGCCCACACGGAGGGCGCCUCGACCACGGGGUGGGCGCCGAUCCUCGCAACGCACCGGGUUCCCCCCCAGGGAAGGGAGGCCAGGAGCCCAUCGCCGGCGCCCUCGCAGCAGUAUGUGGAGGAGAGCCCCUCGCCUCCGGCCACCAUGUACGUGAGUUACCUGUUGGAGAAAGACGGCGCCUCCAUGUACCCGGGCUCGGUGCGCCACGCCGGGGGGCUCAACUUGGCGGCGGCGCAGAACUUCGUGGGCGCCCCCCAGUACUCGGACUACGGCGCCUACCAUGUGCCCGCCGGGAUCGGGCUGGACAACGCGCAGUCCCCGGGAUCGCCCUGGCCCGGCGCCUACGGGGCGCCUUUGCGCGAUGACUGGAACGGCUACGGGCAGGGGGGCGUCCCUGGGGCGGGCGCCAACGCCGUGCACGGACCCUCCGGCGCGGCAGGGUUGGCCUACAGCCCCGUCGGGGACUACCACCCGCACCCGCACCACCACCACCCUGCGCAGGGGCCGCCGGCGCCCCCCUGCGGAGUCCCCGCUUCCGGGGGACUGAUGCAGCCGCUCAACUCGCCGCCCGGCGCCGAGCACCUUUCUCCCGGCGGCCAGAGGCGGAACCCCUGCGACUGGAUCAGGAAACCCACGGCAGGGGGACCCGUGAAAACCAGGACGAAAGACAAGUACCGCGUGGUCUACACAGAUCACCAGCGGCUGGAGCUGGAGAAGGAGUUUCACUACAGCCGCUACAUCACGAUUCGGAGGAAAGCUGAGCUGGCAGCCAAUCUGGGAUUGUCAGAGAGACAGGUGAAAAUCUGGUUUCAGAACAGGCGGGCAAAGGAGAGGAAGAUCAACAAGAAGAAGUUGCAACAGUCUCAGCCAGGGGGUGUGCACAGUGGAUCAGAACCCAUGAGCCCAGUGUCCUCCAUGCAGCCAGGGACAACUGGCUCCGGCCCCAAUGGAGGAGGAGUGUUGAGUGCUCCCGGUUUAGUGCCAGCCACUGCACAGUGACAGCCGCUGGGGAGAAAAGACUGAGCAGCUGGAUACGUCCUGCUCUCCUUCGUUGAAGGGGAGGCACACAUGCACACCAGCCCCUGGUGGGAAAGGCCACUGGUUCAUUGGUGAAAUCAAUACGGGGACACUGUGGCUCUGCGUCCCACCUGGACAUCUAUACACAGCACCACACCCCAGCUUUUGGUUUCCUGCGCAUUUGUACAAAAUGUACUGUGAUCAACCCACAUUGUGCGGCAACAGGGGAGGGGAGGAGAUUUGAUUCCCCCCACCCCCAUAAUUUACUUCACUUUGUUUCCACGCUUGUGGUAGGUGCCGCGCAACUGACACUCCUCUUUGCAAAUGAAAAACACUGCUAUCUCAGGGAACUGGGCCUGGAAUGCCUUUUGUUGUUGUUGUUUGUUUGUUUGUUCUUGUCAUUCCUGUUUUUUUUAUUACCAAUGUUGUUGAGCAAAUGAUAAAUAUUAGUGGGCGAAAGAAAAUGGGGGGGGAGGGGGUUAAAGCAUAUUUCACUUUGUUUUCCUGGUACUCUAGAUAUAUCAAAAGGAGCACUGUUUUACA